CCUAGCCUUUCGAACCGCUCAGCCAUCUACCAUAGGCCAUAGACAUAUGUCACUCUUCAACUUGCGAAGACUCACGACAAUGGCAUCCGCAAACAAGAGUAUCGUUCACUUCAAGGCUAUCGGGAAGGUCCAGGGCGUAUGCUUUCGAGCAGAGACCAAGGAUCAAGCUACUGCCAUGGGCCUGACUGGAUGGUGUCACAACCACCCAGACUCUUCGGUCGAAGGUGUAGCUUACGGCCCAACAGAGAAGAUCAAGGAAUUUCGAAAAUACCUAGCAGAGGGACCUUCCGCAGCGUCGGUAGAACGGGUGGAAUAUAUCCGCGAGGUAGACGGUCCCGAGAAGCAGGUCGUCGACGAGCUCAUCGAUGGGAACAACAAGGGAGAGUUCGAGGUUCGGAGACAUUAGAUGUAGCAGUAUAGGGGUAGAUCGUAUGCGUGAUA